UUACUUUCCUUAAAAAUGGCCUCAUCUUCCUCUCAUUUUUCCUCUUCACAAUUUUAUAAUAUAAAAUCUAAUAAUACCAAAGAAAAACAAAAAGUUAAUAUGCCACAACAAUUAAUUAAUAAUAAUAACCAAAAUAAUAUUAACGGAACUAUUGUUUCGCCAAGAAAUUAUGUUUUGGAAGCUGUUCCCGAUGAACAAACACUCGCGGAAUUAAGCUGUUAUGCCAUUGACUACUCCCACACUAUUGGAAAUGUGGCAUUAUGGAAUGAUCGAAAAGAUUGUCAUGACCUCUCCAUAACACCACCAAUUGCUUUAAUGCCUUCUCCCUUUCCUGCUGAACUUUUUGAGAAGGCUAAAGCUGUUCAGGAAACAUUGAGUGAAUUAUAUUUCCGUAUAUCUUUGGAUCAUGAUUUCCUCGUUGAUGCUUAUAGAGAUGUUGUUAAAGCUGAUAAAUGGAUAGCUAAACAAAUUGAAUUAAUGGAGAUGGUUAAGAAAGAUGGAAUUCGACAGAAUAUUUCUGUGCAGCUCCAAAGAGCUGAUUAUAUGUCCCAUUGGGAUGAACAACAACACAAAAUGGAGUUGAAAAAUGUUGAAGUAAAUAUUGGCCAAGUUGGAGGCCCAGGUUGUGCCACUUUAAUGUCAAAGCUUCACAAAAGGAUGUUAGAAAAGGUUGGGAAUUUACGUUAUGGACAACCUCUUUCCUCAACUGUUAAUGGAAAAUUGCCAGAAAAUUGUCCAAGAAAGGGAAUGGCUGAAGCAAUAUUACAUGCUUGGAAAUUAUUUGGAGAUAAAAAUGCUGUGAUUGUGUUUAUGAAUCAACCUGAGCUAUUCCCUGUUUGCCAUUUUGAACAGCUACAAUUUAUUCAAUUCGAGCUAGAAGAAUUAGCACGUAAAGAAGGAAUUUAUAUAAAUGUUGUUAGAAUGUCAAUUAAAGAAACAACACAAAGGCUUUGCCUCAAUGAAAGUGAUUAUAUAAUGUAUGCUGAUGGUAGAAAAGUAGCUUUGAUUCAUAUGGCUUAUGGAUAUUUGCCUGAACACUUUCCUAGUGAGAAAGAAUGGAAUAUCCGUUACGACAUGGAACGUUCAAAAACAAUCCUUUCCCCAAAUAUUCGCCUUUCUCUGAGCGGAACAAAAAAGAUUCAACAAGUUUUGGCUAAACCUGGCGUUAUUGAACGUUUUUUGCCUGGCCAAACAGAAAAGAUUGCUUUGUUGCGUUCUACUUUUACUGGAUUAUGGGGAUUGGAGGAAGAUAAUGAAGAAAUUAGAGCCGUUAUUAAAGAUGCUAUUGAGGCUAAUAAAUUUUGUAGAAAAUUUUUUUUAUUAAAAUUAAUUUAAGUGCCC